CAGUCUUGUCCUGAGAAACCUGAAACUGAAUACAUGACGAUGGAUGAAUUCAGAUCUCCUGCAAUUUACACUGUAAAAGAUUACGAGAAUGUAGAAAACACCCAUGUGAAGAACGGUUUAUCUGAUCAAGGAGCAAACGACGAACGUUUGCAGGUGGAUUGUGGACCUUCUGCUCUGUCAUAUGAAAACUUUCCCGGUAGUACCUCGGGACAUUUUUCAGAGGAGAGAAACAAUCCUGAGGAGUAUGUUGAAAUGGGAAAUAGAAGAGGCGUACAGUCUGCGGAUAGUGGAGAUGAAUAUGGGCGCAAUACCUUACCCAAACAAAAAGAAGGCCCUGGAAAUCCAUUUCUCGUGAAAAGUGAGGAAUCCACAUCACCUACGAUUUCCCCUGAUAAACAUCACGAUAACAUAAGUGCAAAGAAUAGUUCAUCUAAUGGAGGUGAAAACGACGAACGUUUGAAGCUAGACUGUAAAGCUUGUGGUUUUUCUUACGAAAACUUUUCCGGCAGCAGCUCGGGACAUUUCUCAGCGGAGAGAACAGAUCCUGAGGAGUAUGUUGAAAUGGGAAAGAUAAGAGGCGUGCAGUUUGCAGAUAGUGAAGAUAAAAAUGGUCACAAUGGCUUAUCCAAAGAAGAAGAAGAACGCCCUGGAAAUCUGGUUCUAGUGGAAACUGAGAAACUCAGAUCAUCUGCAAAUUCCCCUGAUAAACAUUACGAGGACAUAAGUGCAAAGAAUGACGGUGAGAACGAUGAGCGUUUGCGGUUAGAUUGUAGAGCUUGUGGUUUGUCUUAUGAAAAUCGUCCUGGUAGCAGCACAAGUCAUUUUUCAGCGGAGAGAACCAAUCCUGUGGAGUAUGUCGAAAUG